AUGCUUUCGUUAGACGGAAACAAAAAUUUAACAGUAACUUUGGGCAAGAAAUAUAAACUUAUCUCAUCUGAGAAUUUUGACGAGUUCAUGAAAAGGCUUGGUGUUGGUCUGAUCACCCGUAAAGCGGCGAACGCUGUCACCCCAACAGUGGAAUUGAAGAAGGAUGGUGACAACUUUGUCCUGGUGACCUCAUCCACUUUUAAGACCACGGAGAUGAAGUUCAAACCUGGGGAAGAAUUCGAUGAGGAGCGCGCUGAUGGUGCUAAGGUUAAGACAACGUGUACUUUCGAAGGCAACACCCUGAAACAGGUGCAGAAGUCAGCCGAUGGCGUGGAGAUCACCUACCUUAGGGAAUUCGGGCCCGAAGAAAUGAAAGCUGUUAUGACUGCCAAGGAUGUCACCUGCACCAGAGUGUAUAAGAUACAAUAA